CCUAUGUCUGUGUCAGACCCUUUAAGCACCAACUGAAUACGCAAUCAUAGAGGAGUCAUUAUUGAAAAGAUCCUCGUAUGCUGGUCUUGGCUAUCCACAUCUCUACAGCAUCUCAAAUUUCUCAGCAUAACAGACAUAUAUAUUCAUCUGUCCAUAUGGCCAAGAAAGCAAUCUAAGGUCAGACCAUUGGGUGAAAGAGCAAAAUGAGGUUCCUUGGUUGGAUGCACGAUAAACUUCGGCAAACGAAAGCUGAGCAUUUCAAGGAUUUUCCAAUAGGAAGCUGUUGUACUUGCCUUUCAGCACCAUCAUCACUCGAUGACAAGUUCUCCCCUGUAAGACCAAGUUCUGAAUCCAGAAUCAGGCACAACACUUUGAGUGAGCAUACCCAGAGACUCGAAGCCUAUUCCUGUGGGACUGAAAUUGCAGGUAUUGGUGUCACCAACGAAGGUGACACUGUUUUUCUCAGCUCUGACCUUUUCCAUGGCUUUUUAGCCAUUGGAACUCUUGGUUCAGAACAAAUCACCAGCAGCCCUGCAACACCAACAUUCCCCGCAUCUUUGGAGCAGGAUAACCUUGCAGAAGAAAAUAUAGAAGUGACAGAGAACGACCUGAAUCUCAUAAGAGAUGAGCUAGAAAAAUUUCUAGAGACUGAGGCAGAAGAAGUACAAGGUACUGAUGAUGCAUUGGCUAGAAGCAGUUAUGUUAGCAUUAUCACACUCAGUGGCAUGCAAGUAGAGGAAGCUGGAGGCAAUGAAAAGUCAACAGUAAGUCCACUGCAAGGUUAUCUAUUUGGGUCGUCCAUUGAAUUGCCAGAAACAAGAGCAGAAAAAAAUAAGGAAAAGUUAUCACUUGGAGAGAUUUUCCGCAGGACGAAACUUACUGAUGACGACACUCCAAUUGAGAUGCCUCCCAAGCAAGACAAAAAAUCUGUCAAACUCCUGCUCAAAAAGAUACUGAAGAAGAUUCAUGCUCCUCCAAGAAAAAGAACUUCUCAGGAUGAUGCUGACAAAACUAUCCCCACCAAGAAAAAAACUAACAAGGUGCUUAAGAUGUUCUGUCGAAAAGUGCACCCUGAGGACUCUACGGGUGCAAAACACUCAACCACAUCCUGGGUGGAGCGACUAAAGGCCAGGCAUGACACUAAUCCGAAGUACAGUUCAAUUCAAAGGACUGCCAAUUACGAGAACAGCUUGAAAGAGCCUGAGUUUGGUCUCAGUAGCAGCCAGUCUAGCGGAAAUACAGAGCACUGGAUUAGAACUGAUGCUGACUACUUAGUGCUGGAGCUUGAGCAAAGGAACUAAGACCAUCAAGAUGCAUCAGAUUGGGUUGUAUACUUGUAUUAAUCUGUGUGUUAUUAAGUAUUUGUUAGUGAUUGAGCUGUGAUGUACUGUACUAAAGUGAAUGGGAAGACAGGAGAGCAAGGACAUCCUUCCUCUUUAUAUUGUAAAAUAAAAAUGUUACGCUCGAGUUUAUAUGAAAAGCAAUUGUCAGGUGUGAUUCAGA